UUCCCCGGGAGCAGGAAAAAGGCGCCGUUUGCAGCCGCGUAAUAGCUGCUAAAAAAAAAAGAAAAGAAAGCAACGCGGAACAGGUGAUUGUGUGAGGUGUCAACUCGGCCUUCUUUGCACGCUCUGACGCCGCCUCAGGGAUGAGACGGAAGCGGAAGGCCCCCCAGCGCCAGAACGGGGAGCCCAGCACUGCCGGGGCUGAGCUGGAGCUGCGCUGGGAGUGGGAGACCCCUGGCAACAGGUGGCAGCAGUUCUUUCCUGAGCAGAGCGAGAUCCUGAGCCAGGCAGCCCGAGCCGGGAAGCUCUCUGUGGACAUCGGCGAAUCCUGUGUGGACCUGCGCAAGAUGCUGCAACGGAAUAAACAGACGGGACUGGAAUCGCGUGUGGCUGCGGCUGUGCGGGAUCAGGAUUCUCAUUUUGUUUGGUGCUGGCAAGGAGACGAAGAAGGCGAGUGGCUUCCUUACCCUGCGGACACCUGCCUGGCCCUGCAGGCAGCCAGGAAUGGACACGGAGAACCAGCAGUGGAAGCGAUGGUUGGCCGGACACGCUACAAGCUGGACACAGCCCGCAUGGUGCAGACUAACAGCCGGACCGGGUUUGAACGUCUGAUGGAACGCAGGGAGUCAGACGCUGCAGAGACUGAGGAGGGAGGAUCCCAGCCAAGCGACAGCAUCUCGGGCACCGAAAACCCCGUUCCUGCUAAGAAGCCCCGGGGCGGAGGGGACAGCGCAGCAUCUCAAGGAGAGGCGGAUAACAAGGAGGCCGUGAGGACACUGAUAGUGAAGGGGAAAGCACCCGUGGAUCCAGAAUGCUCUGCCAAGCUGGACAAUGCUCAUGUUUAUUGUGAGGGAGACGACGUUUACGAUGUGAUGUUGAAUCAGACAAACCUCCAGUUCAACAACAACAAAUACUACCUAAUCCAGUUGUUGGAGGAUGACAGAGCCCGGAACUACAGCGUCUGGAUGCGUUGGGGGCGUGUUGGUAAGCCGGGUCAGCACGCGCUUGUGAGUUGUGCUGGAGAUUUAGCUAAAGCCAAAGACGUCUUCACCAAAAAGUUUUUGGACAAAACCAAGAAUGAGUGGACCAACCGUUGCAGCUUCCAGAAGGUUCCAGGCAAAUAUGAUAUUCUCCACCUGGACUAUGAAGCCAGUGAUUCAAAUGAGGAGAAAGCUGCCUCGCAGAAGACAGCCUCAUGCCCCAAGCUUGUGUCACAGCUGGACCAACGAGUUCAGGCCUUGGUGGAGCUGAUUUGCAGCAUCCGCACCAUGGAGGAAAUGGUGGUGGAGAUGAAGUAUGACACCAAGAAGGCUCCUCUAGGAAAGCUGACAGCUGAACAGAUCAGCGCAGGGUACCAAUCCCUGCAAAAGGUAGAGGCGUGUCUCAAGCGGAAGCAGACCGGCCGUGCCCUGGUGGAGGCCUGCAAUGAAUUCUACACACGGAUUCCCCAUGAUUUCGGACUGAGGACCCCUCCACUGAUCAGCACAGAAGAGGAGCUGCAGGAAAAGGCCCAGCUGCUUGAGGCUCUCGGCGAGAUCCGUGCUGCCAUUAAACUGGUGCGGUCAGAGCAGCUGGACAAGGAGCACCCGCUGGACCGGAACUAUCGCGGCCUCAGCUGUGAGAUUCGACCCUUGGAGAGAGAUAACCCUGACUUCCCAGUGUUAGAGCGCUACCUGUUAUCCACUCAUGCUCCCACCCACCAAGAUUACACCAUGACGCUGCUGGAGGCCUUUGUGCUAAACAAGGAGGUCUCCGAUCCAGACUCGACCUUCCGCUCAGACCUCCCCAACCGGACACUGCUGUGGCACGGAUCGCGCCUGGGCAACUGGGCAGGGAUAUUGAGUCGCGGGUUGCGGGUGGCCCCCCCAGAAGCCCCCGUCACUGGCUACAUGUUUGGGAAAGGGAUCUACUUCGCUGACAUGUCUUCCAAGAGUGCCAACUACUGCUUUGCCACCCGCGAGAAAGACGUCGGCCUGCUGUUGCUGUCGGAGGUAGCUCUGGGCGAAUGCAACGAACUGUUGGAGGCAAACCCCGAAGCGGAGAAACUGCUGACCAGCAAACAUUGCACCAAAGGGCUAGGCAAGAUGGCGCCAUCCCCGGCCAACAGCACGACACUCCAUGGGGCUCUGGUCCCCCUGGGCCCUGCUGCAGACACCGGGGUGGCGAACCCCAACGGCUACACCCUGAACUACAACGAGUUCAUUGUCUACGACCCACGGCAGGUGCGCAUGAAGUACCUCCUCAAGGUGCGCUUCAAUUUCAACCAGCUCUGGUGAAGUUCAGCAGGCAACGCAGAGGAGGACGGCGGCA